ACCUCAGAACCAUAUGAGCCUAAGUCCAAAAUUUCUUAUUUUUUAGGUUAUUGCACGUAUGUUCUUAAAAUUUCAUUUUACAUCCAGCCAUACCAUCGUAACUCCGCUAAAAAUUCUAUUUUUAUGAUUUAUCAAAGGUUAUAUGAGUCUAAGUCCUGAGGUAUAUCAGAACCAGACAAACUUAACUCCACCUAUGAUGUUAUGGUUCUGAACAUUGAGCAUUUCAGCAAAAACCUAAGUCCACAAAAUGGACUUGCCAUUGUCUGGCCCUAGCCACUAUACUCAUUUAGUCUCAAGUCCUGUUUUCUGAACAGCUGAUGACUGUCAAUAAUACUGUUGAUAUUGCUGCUGCCUGCUAUUAGAGAGAUUAUUGAGGUUAGGACUGAGCUGUACUAAUCAAAGUUUUAUUCUACUUUUAACAAAACGUUUUGGUAUUAAUAUGGAAAGUAGGGGAAAGUUUAUACUUUCCAAAUUGAAAAACCUUAAUACGUUCACUGAAGAUAAUCUGAAACCUGAAACUAAUGAUUGUCCUAGCAAUCAAUCAGUAGAAGUUCCACGAAGAAAUUCCACUCCUUCACCGACUUUAACCGAAUUAAAAGUAUUGAAUCCAGAUUGCACAUCCAUCCUCGUUUUACCUGACAAUGACUCAACCCAAUGGAAUUUUAACAUGCAUGAAAGUGAAAAUAUCCAAGUUGAAAGAGAAACUAGUAAAGACGUACAUCUUCUUAAUUUCAUUUCAACUCCAGUAGAACCAGAGUCAAAUGAAUGGGAGCUAGAGACGAUAACACAAGUGACAAACAUGGAACAAGAAUCUGGAGCAUCGACAACACUGGAAGAUUUAGAUGAUGCGCUAUCUUCUGUGAGCGACCUAUUUGAGAAUGACAUCGAUGAUCCAACAUACACUCCACCUUCAGGUUCAGAGAGUGAUUCAACUUUAAGUAACGAUUUAGAACAAGUACAAAGUCAAUCUGUAAGUACAAAUACUACAGCAAAUAAUAAUAAUAUAAUACCUCUGGUACCAUACACCGAUUCAGAUGACACGGAGAGCGAGUUACCGAUAGUUACUCAACCUAAAAAUAAAGGAAGAAAAAGAAUAAGGAAUGAAAAAAAGUGGAAAAAAAACAUUAGAAAGCAGGGACGAAUUUCUGGAAAAGAGCAUGUCAACUCUAAAGGAGAUAUUGUAAAAGAAAGAACUUUAAGACCUCCUUGUAAAACUACUUGUCGCUUGAAAUGCUCUCAGCGCAUAAGUCAUGCACAAAGAGUACACAUUCAUUCUGACUAUUAUAAUAGUGAAAGAAACUUAAGUUCUAAACGCCAGUAUAUAGUUUCUUGUAUUACAACCAAGCCAAUAGCCAGGUCACGACAAAGAGAUGGUUCUAGAAAUAGUAGAAAAAACAGCCAUACUUAUUUUCUCAAAUGGGAUAACAAUUUUGAAAAAGUUUGCAAACAAUUUUUCUUGAACACACUAGUAAUAUCAGAAACAUAUGUUAAGUUUGCUCUCUUAAAAACCCAAAGUACUGGUAUGGUUGAACCAGACCAUCGUGGCAAACAUGUACCAGGAAACAAAAUACCAGAGACAGCAAAGGAUAUCAUAAGAAACCACAUAUCAAAAUAUCCAGCAUAUGAAAGUCACUAUAGUAGGGAAAGGACAAACAAAAAAUACUUGGGUAAUGAUUUAAACAUUUCCAUAAUGUAUACCAUGUAUGAAAAUGAAUGUAAAGAAAAAAAUAUCAAACCCGAAAAGAAAUGGUUAUUUUCAGAAAUUUUCAAUAGAGAAUACAAUUUGUCAUUUCAUUUGCCAGACAAUGACACAUGUGAUUUUUGUGACAGAAUUGAUUGCCAAUUAAAGAAUGCAAACGGUGAGCAAAAAGAAAACCUUCAAGCAGAAAAGCAGAAGCAUCUAGAUGAAGCAGCACGUAGAUACCAUUUGAAAAAAGAAGAUAAGCUUUUGGGACAAGGAAAUGAAAAAUUUAAAGUUGUUAUGGCAGACCUACAGAAGUGUCUUCCUACUCCAGCUCUCACAAACUGUCAAAGCUUCUACUUGAGAAAGCUCUGGACUCUAAACUACACCAUUGACGACAGUAGUGGAAAGAAAACGUGGUGCAUGAUUUGGAAUGAGACCACUGCAGGUAGAGGUGGAAGUGAGAUGGCUUCUUGUUUGUUUACCUGGGCAAAUGAAGAGCUCAAUAAAAGCAGCAUUGACACUCUGACUGUUUGGACCGAUAACUGCAGCGGUCAAAAUAGAAAUAUUAAUAUGAUUUUUAUGUACAUUUGGAUUUUGAAAACUCUACCCAACAUUAAUGAAAUAAACCACAAAUUUUUAUUAGCUGGGCAUACACAUAUGGAGGUAGAUGGUAAACAUGGAUUAAUAGAAAGAGCAAAAAAGCAUCUUAAAACUAACACAAUAUUUACUACUAAUGAUUGGGCGAACUUCAUCGCAUCUUGUAGCAAUAAAAACCCAUUCAUUGUAAAGAAAAUGUCUCUUGAACACUUUCUUGAUUUUCUUUCGCUUACUAAUAAAGAUGGACCAUUAAUAAACAGGAAAAAAAAUACUAUUGGAGAACCUUUCCUCAUUUCCAACACAGUUUGGUUACAGGUUCGAAGAGAAGAACUUGGUAUACUGUACUAUAAAACAAGCUUUGAUGAUGUUGAUUUUAAAAGUGUGGAUUUGAGAAGAAAUAAGAGAAAAGAAACAAUCAUGCCUGAAUCAGUUCCGAAACCAAGAUCUGAGAAGAGGAAAAUAAGUAAUGAAAAAUUCAGAGAUUUAAUGACAAUCCUCCAGUGGGUCCCUGAAGAAUACAAGGCUUACUUUGAGAACCUUCCACAUGGGGCUAGUGAAAAUGACUUUCCAGAUAUCAGUUCAACAUUAUUAGAUUAAUUCUUACCUUAUAUUUAUAGUUUUUAUAAGCAGUGUAAUAGUGUUUUAUUGACGAAACAAUGUAUAUUAGUUGCUAAUGGAAAUACAAUGCUUAAGUCCAAAUAGCAUUAAAACAAAUGUUUUUGAUUUUAGAAAAAACAACUUUCCAGAUGCCAUUACAACAUUGUUAGAUAAUAUAUUUUAUUAGCAUUGUAAUAGUGUUUUUAUUGACUAAACCAUGUAUAUUGGUUGCUAAUGGAUACACUUAAUUUGGUUGCUUAAGUCCAAGUAGCAAUAUAACAUAUGUUUUUGAUUAGAGCCAAAAUAUCGUAAGUCCAUUUUUAAUGUAACAAAAAAAUAAUUACAUAAAAAUACUAAAGCAGUUUAAUGCUUCUAUAAACAUAAGUAAGUUAACUUGUGAAGUAGAAACUAAACACAGUUCAUAAUUUUAUAAUAAAGAAUAAACACAA